AUGUCUGAGCAAUAUAUUGACCGAUUAGCUAUUAAAGAUAUUGCAGAAAUUUCGUCACCUUCAGCAUCAAAUCAUUAUUAUAAUUCGAGAUCAUAUGCAAACGCAAUGAGGGCUCUCCAUGAAAAAAUAAGAUCACUAGAGUCAGAGAAUGCGCAAUUAAAGGAUAAAAUAGCAUCAAUAGAGACAAAAAGCAGCUUUGAUAGCAAAAAGUGGCAAGAAAGACUGAUAGAUGAAGCAAAAAUUUGAAGUCAAAAAGAGAAAUAUUUGCAGAGUACAAUUUUUGGGCUCGAGCAAAAAAUUAAAGAAAUGAGCGAAAAAUUAUCAACCAAUGAUGAAAAAUUGAGAAUAAAAGAUGAUCAUAUUUGGCACCAGAGCAGUCAAGAGAAAAUGAAUUAUCAGCAAUUUAAAUUAGAUAAAGAAAAUUUAAGCUUGGAAAUUGAGCAUUUGAAAAGACAGUUGGCUAAUGAAAUCAAUGAGCACAAAAAUAGCGAAAAUAUGCUAAUUAGGAUUGAAAAAGAUAAAAAACUGAUAGAAGAAGAAAACUCUCAGCUUAGAAGAGCUAACUAUAUAUUGGAAGAAGAAGUCGAAUUACUGAAGAAGUCUGCAAAGAACCCAAAAGCAGUAAUAUUUACUUAGCUAUAUGAGGAUGAGGGCAUAAGAGAAAAUGAUUAUAUUGAAAAAAUAAAAGAGCUGGAAUUUAAAAAUAAAAGUUUAAAUGAAACUGCAUCAAAUCAAAAACAGCAAUUAGAGAUAUUACAAAAAGAAAUCGAAGAAAUUUAUAGAUCACAAAAGACCUCAGCAAAUUCCAAUGCAGAAUCCCUACAAACUCCUUCAAGCAGAAAAGAAAUUUCUUCCUAUAAAGAAGAAUAUAAGCUAAGCAGCUCAAAAAAGUCAUCUACAAAAACAAAUUUAGGAUCAUUAUCUAGCUCAUCAAAUCGGAAAGAUCUUUCCCCUUACAAAGGAGGCAAACCAAAAAAGUUUAAGAAAAACUUUUCUGCUAAAAUCAUUAAAAGGCCUGUGUCUCCCCUUUGUGAUGUCUGCGCAAAAAAAGAAGACGAAAGGCCUUUGAAGUCUUCGCUUAAAAAAAAGCCUUUUCAGAAAUCUGUUACUGGAUUAGUAAGAAUUAAUGAGCCACAGGGAAUGAACGAAGACCAAAUUGCAAAUUCAAUUGAAAAACUGGAAAAUGAAAUUUCUUUUUUAGGCAAAAAAUACAAGCAGCUGCUACACUCAUCACAAGAAGAGACUUCUGAUUUGGAAGUCUUGAGAAAAGAAAUCACUGAAACCUCUGCUGAGAUCCAGCAGAAGAGCGAUGCCCUUUACGAACUUAAAAGAAAGCGCCAUGCAAUGCUUCGAGAAAAAUUAUCAGCAUAA